AUGUCGUCUAGUAAAGCAUGCAUUUAUAGAACACAGCAAGCUAUUUCGGGGUUGGGAACCUCCACCAAGGUCUUGGGGGGUCAAGACCGCACAGAUCCUACUGCCGAACUAGGCCUGCACCGAACAAACAAUUUCCCGUCCUCAUACUUCUUGGACUCCGAUUUCUUCCAACCGAUAUCAAGAGACAUAUUGACGAUACACAAUGGCCCCUUUUUCCUUGAACAACAAAGACACUUUGCGGCUGCUGGUACGUUGGAGUCUUUGAUAGUACAUUACGAAAAUACCAUCCACCACUGGUUGCCCAUGCUCAGCCUCAAGCGACUGAGGCAAGAUAUAAAGACUCUAAAAGAUUCAACUCGGGGCGUUGUUGAUGUUCUGGUCUUCUUGGCCCUUGAGGCUCUCAUUAGUCAAAGUGAUGAGCAUACCAUAUCGCCGCAAAGUAACCCUUCAUAUUUAAAGGCAAAGCAUGGCAGUUUUAUGGCUGAGAGUGGUGGAACUAUCAAUAUUCGACUUGUAGAGACUCUCACCCUGCUAGCCUUGUAUGAGUUUGGCCAUCGUAUCUACCCUGCCGCAUACUUGUCGAUAGGACAAGCUGUGCGACUGGCUACCAUGGUUGGACUACAUAGCCCGAAGGAUGCAAAGCAACUGUUCAUGGAACCCGAGACAUGGACGUUAUGUGAGGAGCAAAGACGUACUUGGUGGGCGAUUGUCAUGCUUGACAGAGUUGUUGUUGCAGGAUCCCCACAGCUCUUGAUGGCUGCUCCAGAUCCGAGCACGAAUGAUCUUCUUCCUUGCAACGACGAUGACUGGACGAAUGGACGAAUAGGUUUCAACGAAGCAUUAUUUACGCGUAACUUCCACUCUCCCUCGUCCGUGGGGCAAUUUGCAAGAGUAUGUCAAGCUGUCCAUAUGUUUGGCAAGGUUCUUCGUCACAUAAAAGCCAGAGAAAAAGACACUAACCCAGUCGAACUUACUGCCGAGGCCUUGCAGCUGCACAUCGUCUUGGUAGCACUGGAUCAGGGGAUCAUGAAUAACGACUUUGACAUCGCGACGACGCAGGGAAGCUUGCAUUCGGCGUUAUCGCUGUGUAGUUUAGCCCGACUGCUUCUAUACAAUGAAUAUGCGUGCAACGAGCCCAGCAUCACCACGCCACGCGAGAGGUUGGCCGCCGAGGUUGAGAUGCAACAGAUAUCUCUGGCAAGCAUCCAAGAUAUCGUAUCCAAAACAUUACCGCAGAUGGCGAGGCAAAUAGUUUCCGCGGGUCAACAACAAUCCAAAGGACCGAGACAUUCACCCAUACUAGCUGGGUGCUUGUAUCACGCAGCGACAGAGUGCGCGUGGUUUGUCAGGGAAAACAAUGACGCGGAGAUGGUAGUGGGUCUGGAAGCCAUCACAAAUGCGCUCCAAGUUCUAAAGACCGAAUGGUCUGUCUGCAAUGAAUACAUGUCAUAUUUGGAGGGAAGCAAGGCGCAUAGCUGA